GGCUAGCGGAGGUCAGAGGUCCGCAGGAAGUCGAUACGUGGCCGCCGCCUGUCCCCGCCGAGGAGGCGCAGCAGCGGAGAUGGCGGCUGUGCUGAAUGCCGAGCGGCUCGAGGUCUCCGUUGACGGCCUUACGCUGAGCCCGGACCCGGAGGAGCGGCCCGGCGCGGAGGGCGCCCCGCUGCUGCCGCCGCCGCUGCCGCCGCCCUCGCCCCCUGGGUCCGGCCGGGGUCCGUGCGCCGCCGGGGAGCGGCCGGAACCCGGGGAGGCGGCGGAGGAGGAGGCGCGGCGGCUAGAGCAGCGCUGGGGCUUCGGCCUGGAGGAGCUGUACGGCCUCGCGCUGCGCUUCUUCAAAGAAAAAGAUGGUAAAGCAUUUCAUCCAACUUAUGAAGAAAAACUGAAGCUUGUGGCACUGCACAAGCAGGUUCUUAUGGGUCCAUAUAAUCCAGACACUUGUCCUGAGGUUGGAUUCUUUGAUGUGCUGGGGAAUGACAGAAGGAGAGAAUGGGCAGCUCUGGGAACCAUGUCUAAAGAGGAUGCCAUGGUGGAGUUUGUCAAGCUUCUAAAUAGGUGUUGCCAUCUCUUUUCAACAUAUGUUACAUCCCACAAAAUAGAGAAGGAAGAGCAAGAAAAGAAAAGGAAGGAGGAGGAGGAACGAAGGCAGCGUGAAGAGAAAGAAAGAGAACAGCUGCAAAAGGAGGAAGAGAGACGGAGGAGAGAAGAGGGGGAGAGGCUUAGGCGGGAGGAAGGAGAGAGGCAGCGGAUAGAAGAGGAGAGGCUCCGGUUGGAGCAGCAAAAGCAGCAGAUAAUGGCAGCGUUAAACUCCCAGACUGCCGUGCAGUUCCAGCAGUACGCAGCCCAGCAGUACCCAGGGAACUGCGAGCAGCAGCAGGUCCUCAUCCGCCAGUUACAGGAGCAGCACUACCAGCAGUACAUGCAGCAGCUGUACCAGGUCCAGCUCGCACAACAGCAGGCAGCAUUACAGAAACAACAGGAAGUAGCAGUCACUGGGGCUUCUGUGCCUACAUCAUCAAAAGCGAAUGUAGCUGCACCAAGCGAUGUGCUGUCAGUUAAUGGACAGGCCAAAACCCACACUGACAGCUCUGAAAAAGAACUUGAACCAGAGGCUGCAGAAGAGGCCCUAGAGAAUGGACCAAAAGAAUCUCUUCCAGUAAUAGCAGCUCCAUCCAUGUGGACACGACCCCAGAUCAAAGACUUUAAAGAGAAGAUUCGGCAGGAUGCAGAUUCUGUGAUUACAGUGGGCCGAGGAGAAGUGGUCACUGUCCGAGUACCCACGCAUGAAGAAGGAUCAUAUCUCUUUUGGGAAUUUGCUACAGACAAUUAUGACAUUGGGUUUGGGGUGUAUUUUGAAUGGACAGACUCUCCAAACACUGCUGUCAGCGUGCAUGUCAGUGAAUCCAGUGAUGACGAUGAGGAGGAGGAAGAAAAUAUCAGUUGUGAAGAGAAAGCCAAAAAGAACGCCAACAAGCCCCUGUUGGACGAGAUCGUGCCUGUGUACCGGCGGGACUGUCAUGAGGAAGUGUAUGCCGGCAGCCACCAGUACCCAGGGAGAGGAGUCUAUCUCCUCAAGUUUGACAACUCCUACUCCUUGUGGAGGUCAAAGUCAGUCUACUACAGAGUCUAUUACACUAGAUAAAGAUGUUACGGAGUCUGGAGUCUAGGGUUGGGCAGAAGAUGGCAUUUUACUUGGAAAUUUCUUUUGACUUUGUGAGCAUUGCAGUCAGUGUUUGCCCUCUUGCUUUUGGUCUGGUGGUUUGUGAACUCCUGUUGGGAAGCAGGAUUUCCUUGAGACUGAAGCAUUUAUUUGGGGAUAAAGGGAUUCUUCAGACUCACCCAGCUCUGGGUGCUGACAGCAGUCAUUAGUGGAUGAAGGCAUAUGAGCCUCAUGCUAAAUCUUUAAAGUCUCCAACAAGACGUCCCAGAGUUGACCCCACUCGGCUGAUGGGUGAUUGGCCGCUGCCUGUCCAUAUGUUUUAUGAGAGCCCAUACUUACAGGAUCCUCUGAUUUGAAAUCCUUAUAUUAGUAGUCUCCAUGAGGUACAGCUGAUUUUGAUGAAGGUCACUAUCUCAAAACACUUACGACCUCACAGAUUAUAAUAAAAAAAGAAAUUGCCUCAGUUUGAUCUUGUGAAUGACCCAGGUUGAUUUUGCUUCAGAGCAGCUGUUUAAGUUUAGAGUUACAUUACAGAGAAUUAUUUUCUUAUAUAAUCUAAAGAAUGUUCAAAGCUGACUAAUAAUUGAAGUGUCAGGACACAUGGAGCACCCUAGACACGUGGAGCACCCCAGACAUCAUCAUGGCAGCCUCCACAAACCCUCAGGCCUUUCCUCCUCAUCUGCUGUUCGUACUACCAGUAACAAAACAAAAAUAGUUCAUUUUGUCUAAUUUGGCUUUAUAGAGCAUAGUUAGAGUUUUGUAAACUCAGAUUGGCACCUACUGAAUUAAAACACAAAAUCAUUUAAACAUAAUUCUGUGUAUGAGGAAUGACAUUGCGCUAAGUGGAAGUCACUGCCAGAGAUGUUCCAUUUUCUUUUAAUUUGUUAUUACUUAGGCACAACCCCUACAUGAUCCCACUUGGAAUUACUUACUAGAGAGAACUGGAAAUGUAUAUGCUUGUGCUUAAGUUUUUUAUAGCUUUAAUCUGUAUUAUGUCUUUCUUGGUGGGAAGAGGUACAUCUUUGUUUUCUGUACUGAAAACAAAUAUGGAUUAAUGGUCUCAAAUGUGUAUAAGUGAUUGACUAAUCUAGAGAUUCUUGUUUCCAAAAGGGAGGGUGGUAUAGAUAAAAAGUGAUAAAAAUGGCAACAUACACAUAACGUUGUUGUUACAUGUUGUUACUGAAAUACUUCGAUUUUAAAAAUUUCAAAUCAUAAAUCACUUUCCCAUAGAAGGGUUUCCGUUGAUUAGCUGCGUGUAUUCUGUAGAAGUUCACUGAUGUAAGGAGUUGUUUGUUUUUCGUGUGCUGCAUUUCUGUUUUUUAAUACCUGGUUUUGUACAUACCUAACUGUUCUCUCUUGGUUGCUCAGAAACUGGGUUAUUUUCUCCUAAGCAGUGCUUACCUUGUGUUUCUUACUCUGGAUUCAGAAGUUGCAGCUGGUAGCUAUCCACACUGUUAAACCGGAAACACUCGCCAGGCUGUCCAUCAUUUCUCAUGUAUAUAUGGUAAAGAAACCACAGGGUUAGGCACUUCCUAGCUUUUUUUUUUUAAUGAGAAAAUACUGUAUUUAAAAUGUAAAAUAAACUUUUAAAAGCA